CUGGGAGGGACUUCCUGUGUGUGUAGCUCAUCACCGCGGGAGUGUUUCUUCAGUGUUGUGGUCACGACCGAGUAUUAAAGGAAUCACGUGUCCGCGUGGAAACUGCAGCGACUUUUCCCCGGUCACCUGUGGCCGCGUCGUGCUGGUUCUCCCCGGUGCUUUGGCUCGUGGGCGCCGCCGAGCUGCUCCACCUGAACUAAGCCUCAUUAGUGAGCUAAUGGUCGAAUCUCGGACUCUCACUCUGCGCGUCGCUGCUUCUCCUGCGACUUCCCCCUCAUGUCUUUAUAAAUCAGAGACUCGCAGUGACAGUGAGACAUGGCGGAAAUCAUCGCCGUCAACGCCGGUUUGCCGUCCCCCUCCGCGAUGAACAUCACCUAUCGGGUGCAGGAGGACCCCGGCCCCGCAUCCCCCGCCGUCCCCGCCACCCCGGCCCCCCUGGGCAGCGAGGACUACCUGUUCGUGGAGACCCGGCACCCCAGCACCGUCCUCCAGGGCCUCAACAGCCUGCGGCUCAACAACGCCUUCUGCGAUGUGACCCUGUGCUGUGGCGGACAGGAGUUCCCCUGCCAUCGCAUUGUGCUGGCCUCUUUCAGCUCCUACUUCCAGGCAAUGUUUUCCACCGACCUGAUCGAGUCUAAACAGGAGCGGGUUGCCAUCAAUGGAGUGGAACCCCAGAUGAUCGGGAUGCUGGUGAGCUACGCCUACACGUCGGAGGUCUACAUCUCCAAAGCGAAUGUGCAGGCUCUGCUGGCAGCAGCCAACCUGCUGGACGUGAUGGCCGUGAGAGAGGCUUGCUGUCGUUUUAUGGAGCGUCAGAUGGACGAGAUGAACUGUGUGGGGAUCCACUGCUUCGCCGAGGCCCAUUCCUGUAAGGUGCUGGAGAAACGCAGCAUGGACUACAUCCUCGAGCACUUCAACAGUGUCUAUCAACAGGAGGAGUUCCUGUCCCUGUGUGUGGACAAACUGACAGAAAUCGUUGGCAGUGACCACCUCAAUGUGCCCAAAGAGGAGAUGGUGUUUGAAGCCGCCAUGUCGUGGCUGAAUAAAUGCCCCUCUCGCAAACAGAGCUUCGAAAAGGUCCUCGAGCACAUCCGCCUGCCUCUCAUCAGCCCCUACUACCUCCACGACGUGAUCGAAUCUCAGGAUGUGGUGAAGGAGAACCAGGCCUGCCAGACGCUCAUCUCCGAGGCGAAGGACUACCUGCUGCUGAAGGACCGCCGUGGAGAGCUGUACUGCCCUCGGGCGCGACCUCGCAGAUCCACAGGGACCGCUGAAGUGAUAGUGACAGUCGGCGGGGAGGACGACAAGGUGGUGCUGCGCAGCGUCGAGAGCUUCGAUCCGGUGACCAAUCAGUGGAAGAAUCUGGCCUGCCUGCCCUUUGCCGUGAGCAAACACGGGCUGGUUGUGUCUGACUCGACCCUGUAUUUGGCAGGAGGGGAGUUUCCUGACGGCUCAGCCAGCAGGGAGAUGUGGCGCUAUGACCCCUGCUUCGACUCCUGGAUGGAGAUGGCCCCCAUGAAUGUAGCUCGAUCUGAGUUAGGCCUGGUGAUGCUGGACGGCUUUGUGUAUGCAGUGGGAGGUUGGGAGGGGCGGUCCCGUCUGGACUCGGUCGAGUGCUACAACCCCCACGCUAACUGCUGGCAGUUCACAGAGUCUGUCAAGAUGGCCGUCACAAGUCCUGCCGUGGUGGCCCUGGAUGGACUGCUCUAUGUUACUGGUGGGGCAGUUCUUGAGGACGGUGACGGCACAGAUCUCGCCCAGGUGUACAACCCUAAGACCUCAGUGUGGACAGAGGUCACAUCGAUGCAGAUCGCUCGCUCUGGUUCAGCAGCCUGCACACUCAAAGGAAAGAUCUAUGUUAUAGGUGGAUGGCACGCCUCGACGGAGAACACGGAUAAGGUGGAGUGUUACAAUCCCAAGACCAACGAGUGGACCAUGUGUGCCCCCAUGAAAGAGCGACGCUACCGACCCGGUGCUGCUGUGGUGGAUGGAAAGAUCUACGUCCUGGGAGGAGAAGAAGGCUGGGACAGAUAUCAUGACACUAUUGAGAGGUACUGUGACGAGACCGACACCUGGGAGAUCGUCGGGGAGAUGCCCACCAGUCGCAGCUGGCUCAGCUGUGUCUCUCUCCAGCUGAGGAAGGACAUCCACAUGAGCAGCUGUCCCGGGACGCCAAAUGACAACUGAAGCACUACAAUAUCAUUGAGGAAUCUCUCCUGGUGGUUAUUUGCACAUUGUUCGGGGACGGUGCACUAUAGAGCUCUGAGCUGUGGAGACCGGCAACCUGACAAGUGAUGCCUGAAUUUGGCACAGCGCUGUUUGAGCUCUUACUCGUGGCAACAUGUGGUCGUGGCGGCUUGUGGUAUGAGCCUCACUGAUCUGGGUUCCUCCUUUGUGCGUGGAGACAAAGGAAACGUUGUUUACACACAUGAUUUCAUGUAACUGAGAUGGACGACUCGGUCGGGAAUCAGAACUCACUUUCUGUGUGAUGUGACCAAGUUUGAGAUGAUGUCUUUAUGUCUGCACACCUCAAACCUGUGAAGAAGGUCCCAGCCAACAUAGUGUAUUUUUGUAUCAUUGUUAUGUGAUGUAUUUAUUGAGGUGUAACAAUGGGGAAAAAGUGAAAGUUUUGCUCCAUUAAAAGAUGCUCUGUCAGCCAAAGAAUCGAAUUGUAAGGAAAUUUCCAACGUUGCCUGUGAAAGACAUCUUUGUGUGAGCAGUGUUUCCGUAGUUCAAUUUUAAAGUAUUUGUCUUAACGAACUGUAACCUGUUAGGUAUAUUUUUGUAAUGUAAUGUACGUCAUGCAUUUGAGUGAAUUUAAAUGGAGUUAGGUUCUAUUAAAGAUGUUUAAUACUA